AUGUGGCAAGCCCAGUUUAUAGGGACGGAGUUUGUGAGGCCUGACUCGAUUCCAACCUUUAGCCCACCACCUAUCCGUGUUCCACCUUAUCGACAGGAUGGCGGUUCCUUCAACUUUACACCUUCCCAGAUGUCCCCACGGCCCCAUGACUCGGGAGGAUCUCCUCGAGGGCCGGUUCAGUUUGGUCGAUAUACAGGUGGUGAUGCUGGGAUCUCCUCUUCUAUGCCUAGUUUCCUUGCAGGUACUAGCUCUGGGUUCACUGAUUUUGCUGGAGGCUCGGGAGGAUUUACUGCUGGUGGUUCUGGACAAGCAGGUGAUCAGUCGGGAGGCGGCUAUGAAGGUUCAGGUUCAGGAGGCACGCCAGAGCAGGCCACUAGCUGGGUGGAUGAUCUUUUUGGCCCACCUGGUGCUCCUUAUGGCUAUCACGGGCAGCAGCAGUGA